AUGCAUCCCAAACAAAAGUCUGGGAAGAAUGGGACUCGUGUGCUUGUAGACGGUGUUCAGCUACUUCGCGUUGUGAAAGCAUUUCGGUCAUCCUUGGACGAAUUCGAGGAGAAACGCUCAAUAGCAAGCACGCAGUCAUGCAACUCGAUGCGUGGUGUUGCUGCUGGAUGGUCUUACUUGUCACUUUCUGGAAUAAAUGCUUCUCGGGCGGCGUCCUGCGUUGCCCCGUUGCCUAGCCAUACCCGUGUUGCAUUAGUUACAUUUAUGCAGCGUGCAAAUGCACCACAGCCUUACCCGUACUACCAUUCCCAGCAGCCUCGUACACGGUCGCCGCCGAUCCUGAAUUGUACUGCUGCCAGUGAUUCCACCGGAAAUACCUUCCCACUGCCGGCGGCUGGGGAUGGCCGUGAAUUAGAUACCGGUUUUGUGAUACUAAAUGAACAAAUAGCAACGCCAGCAGUGGUUGCUCGUCCGCUUGAGAGAAUGCCCCUCGUGCAGCGUUGGCGGCCGUCCGGAGCAUCCGGCUACUCAUCUCAGAGGAUCGCUAAAAGUAUCUCGCUGGAUACUCCGGUCUCAAUUGCUCAUGUCUGA